AUGAAAGACCAAUCGACAUUCCGCUGCUGCGAUGACAAAACCCGUGUCUUCAUCGUCUCAGACAUCUCGAACGAACCAGACGAUGCCGAGUCACUUGUUCGAUAUCUGCUAUACUGCAACGAGUUCGAGACCCGGGGAUUAGUAGCCUGCACGUCGACAUGGAUGAAACGGGCAGUCCACCGGGGGGACAUGCACAAGAUCAUUGAUGCUUACGAGAAAAUCGUUGACAAUCUGAACAAGAAUGUUCAUCCGCAUAACCAGUAUCCUAGCGCCGAAAGCAUCAGAGCUCUGGUCAAAACUGGACCGGUACUCUAUGGCAAAGAGGCGCUGGAACCGGAUGUGCCCCUGAGUGAAGGCGCGAAGCUGCUGAUCGAACGACUGGAUGAGUCGGAUCGACCUCUUUGGAUCCUCUGCUGGGGCGGCACCAACUUCCUGGCACAAGCCCUUCAACAUAGCGCCCGUCUGCGAUCCAAAAUGCGGGUCUACGCCCUCUCAGAUCAAGACGACACGGGGGCUUGGAUUCGCCACCGGUAUCCAGAUAUCUUCUACAUUGCUAGCGUCCAUGGCUGGAAUCAGUACGGUUUAGCAGCUUGGACAGGCAUCUCAGGCGACAAGUUCUAUGGUUUUGAUCAAGGCGGUCCUUCUUUCGAGAAGAUGACGAAGGAGUGGAUUAAGGAGAACAUCCAGAUUGGUUCUUUAGGGGCCGCUUAUCCUGACUAUCUGUUCAUUCCGGAAGGGGACACGCCGAAGUUCCUAUAUCUUAUACAGAAUGGUCUUGGCAGUGCUGAACAUCCGGAAUGGGGUAGCUGGGGAGGACGAUAUCUCCCGUCGAAUGCUGGUGUUGUCUCGAAUCACUAUGCCGAUGCUGUUGAUAGAGUUGUGGGGGCGGAUGGAUGUACGCAUGUGAGCAAUCAGGCUGCCGUCUGGCGAUGGCGGGAUGCGUUCCAAGACAGUUUCGCUGCACGAAUACAGUGGAUUUUGAGUGACGAUAACUCAAACACCAACCACGCCCCCAUCAUCGUCGUCAACGGAAGCAGUCAAGGUCCUGAGCCUAUAUUUAUCGAAGCCGAAGCCGACUCUGAAAUCGACCUCGACACAACAGGGACAUACGACCCCGACGGAGACGAGCUGACCUAUCACUGGUUCCAGUACAAAGACAUCACAGCAACGCAGUGGUGGGUCGACGCUGAAGUCCACGACGUAGCCUUCGUCGAUCAAGAUCCAAGCAAGCCUGGGACGAAAGUGAAAGUCAAGCUUCCACCGCCGGAUAAGUGUGCUGUGGAUAUUUUUACCAGACAACCACAAGCUAAAGGCCAGAUUCUGCAUUUGAUUUUGGAAGUCAAGUACAAGGGAAGUCCGCCUUUGACAUCGUAUAAGAGGGUUGUGGUGCAGGUUACGAAUCCAAGGCUUUUAGGGGGCCAGGAGAAGCCGGCUGAGUCGAUUGCUGAGGCGCAUCGAGGUUGA